AUGACGUCAGGAUUACACAGCCAAUCAGAUUCGUUGGAAUCUCAUGGUAAUCGUGUCAACAAUAACAACAUUGUAAACACUUUUAUAUGCACAACAAGGACAGGGGUGGCCGGUAUUGAGUUGAUUGUGUCUAUAGACGGGGAGCCGGCAGACGAGACGGAGCUAUCACCGGUGUCGUCCCGCAGCAGUGACCGUAGCCCUCGCAUCGAGCAGACCGACCAGAGGCGCGGAAGCCUACCCGACGGUAUGCGGUUGUUGCCGCCGAUAAAAGACCACGAUUUUGAAGCCUCUUACCACCACGGAAAGAAGUCGGCUGGUGGGAGUAUAAGUUUACGGUCGAGUCGAUCCAACAGCCCGAUGCUGCUUGAUCGUGGAGAAACUGGAUUUCACUUGGAAGCCCCGGAGCCUGAAAAAAUGCUACCAGCGCUGUAUGACGGUGGAAUGGCUACCCAUCGGACUCAGACCUUGCUGAGUCACAGUAGCCACAGUGGAUCAUCAUCAUUGCUGGGGAGGUCGCUAUCACCGCGUCCACCCUCCCCAUCCUUCCCGUACCACACUUCAAGAGACAGACACAUGAAACCAAGCGACAUUCACAUUCUACAAAGGAGGUACAGUGAGGAAAAACAAGCAACUUCAUUAGACUCUAAAAUCUUAGGGCGGACACUCAAACCGGAUAGUCCCUUGAGUGACAUUACAGACAGUCAUCCUAUGUUGCAACGGAGACGUUCUUGCCAGCCAACUAAACGCAUCCCACUCCCGAGGAGAGCCAGUGAGGGUGUCCUCCCAUUGCCACCAUCUCACCUCGGCAAUUACCCCUACACGAAGAACAAACUGGAGCAAAUGAGCCAACCUGGUAGGUCAUUAAGCAGUGGGAAAGAAGUUGGCGAGUUAAUCACUCCAGGGGGAAAGAACUACCAUGGAAAGAAACAAUCCGGUAGUCUUGGCUUCUCAAGGAUAUCAAAGUUGAACAGCGCCUCUUUGGAGGCGAUUCACAAACACGAAGAUGUGGACAGUGAUAGUGAACAUGAAAAGCAAAGGAUUCUUAAUUGGUUGGAAGGAGUAACAAAAGGCUCGCUGGAUGACAGAGAAGGGGAUUUAAGAAACAGUGAGAUAAUCCCUCUGAAGGGAGGCGGUUCAGAGACCGCAAUCCGGAUCAUUCAUAAUGACUAACAACACAUUGUG